UCGAUGGGAUAUUGUUGGCAAAGGAGGCGCUUUGUUGUAUCAAAAAUUGCUUUAAAGUAAACACAAACCAAAAGUCUCUUGUUGACUAUUAAACAUGCUUAACUAAGUGCAUGUGGUAUCUCGGCUACUGUAUCAAGAUAGAACUCUCCGCUCUCAAACCACGAGUACAGUUUGAGUGAGCGGCCGUUGAAGAACGCCGCUCCGAAGGACAAAUCUGAGUCAUCAGAAUCACAGCAAAUUGAAAAUUACCACGAUGGACUGCAUGAAAAAAGCAGUGGUGUUCGUAUUGGCGUGCAUGACCUUUCUGGAAACUCAAGCCGAUGAAGACAUUCUAACUAAUUCUGAAAAUGGAUUUCGUUACAAAUAUCUCGGCUGUUAUAAAGACAAAGUUCCUUCUCGAGCGCUGCCAGUACAGUUGGAAAGCGCCAAAAACUUCAUCAGAUGGAAAAUUGACGGCUAUAACUUUAAAAAAGUAAUCGACGUGUGCGCGGACCGCGCGCGUGCCCGCGGGCUGUCUCUGUUUGGUGUGCAGUUUUGGGGGGAAUGCUGGGGAGGAGAACAAGAUGCGCGUUACUAUAGAUACGGCAGGGAAUCGCGACCCAAAAGGUGCUUCACAGGAAUAGGAGGGUCUUGGACUAACGCUGUUUAUAAACUCAUUUCAGAGUGCAACGUCAAGGAUGUCACGUACAAAGAUGGAGAUUCUUUCUACAUACCUCAGAACCCAAUUCAUUAUAAUGACAUUGGCUGCAAAGCAUGUUCAUGUGAUCGAGGCGUCACAACCUGCCCAAAUGAGGCAAAAUGUGACGUCUUCUCUAAAGUUCCCUGCGAGAAGCUCAUCCCUGCUCCCCAGGGAAAAUGCUGUCCAACAUGCGCUUGUUAUCACAAAAACACUUAUUAUAAAGACGGUCAGACUUGGGUCAACAGACAACCAAACGAUUGUUUUCAGUGCACAUGUGUCGCGAAGGAAACAAAGUGUGAGGUGGUAAAGUGCCCUGGGAACUGCCCCAAUCCUGUUUACGAGCCUGGAAAAUGUUGUCCAACGUGUAGACCCGGUGCACCUGUCACUGAAGCCUCGUUCACGCUACCUGAAACUACUACCAGACUCCCUCCAGUAUUUCCGCCUUUCCCAGGUUUCCCUGGUAACCACAAACGAAGUCUGAAGAUGAAGAAAAGGAACAAAUGGACCACCUACUGUUUUGAACAGGAUUCUAACAUGGUGCGAGAACGGGAAUUUGAAUUGGCCGAUGAAGACAUUCUAACUAAUUCUGAAAAUGGAUUUCGUUACAAAUAUCUCGGCUGUUAUAAAGACAAAGUUCCUUCUCGAGCGCUGCCAGUACAGUUGGAAAGCGCCAAAAACUUCAUCAGAUGGAAAAUUGACGGCUAUAACUUUAAAAAAGUAAUCGACGUGUGCGCGGACCGCGCGCGUGCCCGCGGGCUGUCUCUGUUUGGUGUGCAGUUUUGGGGGGAAUGCUGGGGAGGAGAACAAGAUGCGCGUUACUAUAGAUACGGCAGGGAAUCGCGACCCAAAAGGUGCUUCACAGGAAUAGGAGGGUCUUGGACUAACGCUGUUUAUAAACUCAUUUCAGAGUGCAACGUCAAGGAUGUCACGUACAAAGAUGGAGAUUCUUUCUACAUACCUCAGAACCCAAUUCAUUAUAAUGACAUUGGCUGCAAAGCAUGUUCAUGUGAUCGAGGCGUCACAACCUGCCCAAAUGAGGCAAAAUGUGACGUCUUCUCUAAAGUUCCCUGCGAGAAGCUCAUCCCUGCUCCCCAGGGAAAAUGCUGUCCAACAUGCGCUUGUUAUCACAAAAACACUUAUUAUAAAGACGGUCAGACUUGGGUCAACAGACAACCAAACGAUUGUUUUCAGUGCACAUGUGUCGCGAAGGAAACAAAGUGUGAGGUGGUAAAGUGCCCUGGGAACUGCCCCAAUCCUGUUUACGAGCCUGGAAAAUGUUGUCCAACGUGUAGACCCGGUGCACCUGUCACUGAAGCCUCGUUCACGCUACCUGAAACUACUACCAGACUCCCUCCAGUAUUUCCGCCUUUCCCAGGUUUCCCUGGUAACCACAAACGAAGUCUGAAGAUGAAGAAAAGGAACAAAUGGAGUUACAACUAAUAACGCUAAGUUGCAGGAACUGCGUGCGCCUAUGCUAAGUGAGGAGGAACUGGGUUCAAUGAAACGGAAAAUAUAUACCAUUAAGUACUUUACGCGUCGAUGUUUGAAGAAAACAGUAAUAUUCCAGGGAGCAGUCUCGUUUUACUGCCCAAAAGUUAAAAAAAUUAAAUCAUUAAAAUUUGAAACAAUUUGUUUGUUGUGUGUGAAUGAGACAUUUCUUAGUGGACGCCUUAUAACCCCCAU